AUGUAACCCUUUAAAAAGCUAAUACAGCAAUCACUCCUAUGGACAUGCAUAUUUUGGAAUCAUUUUGAAACGAUUUUAUAUUCCCAAAAAGGACAAGUGCUGUAAGAAUAGCAGAUUACUUAUCAAAGUCAUGACAGACAUAGUCUUUGGAAUUAAGCAAUCCGAGGUCAAAAUAGGAUAGCUGCGAGGUAAAGCAAGUUCAUAAUAAUUAUGGGCCUCUUUUUAAGGAAUAUAGAUUGGUAAACAUUGAUAUUUAACCAAGUUCACCUUCAAAAUAAAUAUUGAAUGUUAAUUUGUUGUACCCCCUACAAACCAAUCAUUCUUUAUUCAGAAAUUCAAUUCCAGAGUGUAUUUCAUUACUAUCUUAAGAUGAUAUGAAGUAACGAUAAUAUAUAAAUUAAGGAUCAUAUAAUCAUUUAACCCAUCCUUUGGAAUUUAAAAAGUGAGGAAGAAUUUUUUAGAGAUCUAAAAUUUAGGCUAAUUCUUACAAGAAAUAGAUUAAUAUAAGAAAAGAAUAAUUGAAGCAGAAUAAAAUAUUUGA